UAUAGUAAGGAUAAGACAGUCUACUAUAUUACAUGAACUGGCUACAAAAGUAGCGGCCAAUUUGAAUUCUAAUUCUAAACCUAGUAUUCAACAAGUAGCUGCAUUGUUUACUAAGGCAUUAAAAGUGUUAGUGGAUGAAGGAUUUUUGAAUCAACGGGAUGCAAUAUUUUAUUAUGUUAAUUCACAAUUCGUAGAGAUGGUGAAAGAAUGGUGGUU